AUGGGGCUCUGUCAUAUAGCUCACCUGCAUCUCGUCCUCAUCCAGCAGAGUGAUGACCUUGACCCUCUGCCCAAGGUAGAGGAGAAGGAAAAGAUGGGAAGAGAAGCCAGUCACUCACUCAUUCUCACAUCUAUUCGCACAGUCACACCAGGACUCAUUGGUGUUCAGCCUGCGAGGGUCUGGGUGGUGUUUCCCUUGCAGCAUGAGCGUGUAUUUAGUAAGUAUCUGGGAAUGGAUCGUAUUCAUCCUAGAAUACAUAUGCAUACUGCAACAGGAAGAGUAACAAUGCAUGACCCAAACCUUCAGACCGUACCAAGAGAUUUCAACAUUCAGAAAGAAAUUAAAGGGACUUCAGAUGGCAAUUGUGGUUUGAGGAAGCAACAACAGGCUUUGUCAAAUUCAAGGAUAAUGACGCAGUUAGCGCCUCUCUUGACACAAGAAUUCGAAGACUAUACCAUAAGCCUUCGCCACGCUCUGGUGGCCCACCCUGAAAACAUCCUUUUAGCAGCUGAUUUAUUCUCAGCUGGAACUCAGACUGUUAGCCCAUUUGGCAGCUGA